GAGGGGGCCGUGCCCGCGAAGCUGAUUGGUGGCGGCGCCCCACACGCCGUCGCGCCCUUCCUGCCGUGCGCGCGUGCGCGCUGUCCCCGCAGAGCCGCGACAUGGCGGACCCGGAGGCGUUGGGCUUCGAGCACAUGGGCCUCGACCCCCGGCUCCUGCAGGCCGUCGCCGACCUGGGCUGGUCGCGACCCACGCUGAUCCAGGAGAAGGCCAUCCCGCUGGCCCUGGAGGGGAAGGACCUGCUGGCGCGGGCCCGCACGGGCUCGGGGAAGACGGCCGCGUACGCUCUUCCCGCGCUGCAGCUGCUGCUCCACAGGAAGACGACGGGCCCUGCAGUAGAGCAGGCCGUGAGAGGGCUCGUCCUGGUGCCCACCAAGGAGCUGGCGCGCCAGGCCCGGUCCAUGAUCCAGCAGCUGGCUGCUUACUGCGCUCGAGACAUCCGGGUGGCCGACGUCUCAGCUGCUGAGGACACUGCCUCUCAGCGAGCUGUGCUGAUGGAGAAGCCCGACAUCGUCGUGGGGACCCCAUCGCGCAUCUUGAACCACUUGCAGCAGGCCAGUUUGGUCCUGCGAGACUCCCUGGAGCUGCUGGUGCUGGAUGAGGCCGACCUUCUCUUCUCCUUCGGCUUCGAGGAGGAGCUCAAGAGUCUGCUCUGUCACCUGCCCCGGAUUUACCAGGCGUUUCUGAUGUCAGCUACCUUUAAUGAGGACGUACAAGCACUCAAGGAGCUGGUACUCCAUAAUCCAGUGACUCUCAAGCUGCAGGAGUCCCAGCUGCCGGGGCCAGACCAGCUGCGGCAGUUCCAGGUGGUCUGCCAGACGGAGGAAGACAAGUUCCUGCUGCUGUAUGCCCUGCUCAAGCUGUCGUUGGUCCGAGGCAAGUCCCUGCUCUUUGUCAACACUCUGGAGAGGAGUUACCGGCUGCGCCUGUUCCUGGAGCAGUUCAGCAUCCCCGCCUGCGUGCUCAACGGAGAGCUCCCGCUGUGCUCCAGGUGCCAUAUCAUCUCCCAGUUCAACCAGGGUUUCUACGACUGUGUCAUAGCGACCGACGCCGAAGUCCUGGGGGCCCCCGUCAAGGGCAAGCGUCGGGCCCGAGGCUCCAAGGGGGACAGGGCCUCUGACCUGGAGGCAGGUGUGGCCCGAGGCAUAGACUUCCAUCACGUGUCUGCUGUGCUCAACUUUGACCUGCCGCCCACCCCCGAGGCUUACAUCCACCGAGCUGGCAGGACGGCACGUGCCAACAACCCGGGCAUGGUUUUGACCUUCGUGCUGCCCACUGAGCAGUCUCACUUGCACACGAUCGAGGAGCUUCUCGGAGAGAACGGGGUCCCCGUCCUGCUCCCCUACCAGCUCCGCAUGGAGGAGAUCGAGGGCUUCCGCUAUCGCUGCCAGGAUGCCAUGCGCUCGGUGACCAAACAGGCCAUUCGAGAGGCAAGGCUGAAGGAGAUCAAGGAGGAGCUUCUGCACUCGGAGAGGCUCAAGACGUACUUUGAAGACAACCCCCGGGACCUCCAGCUGCUGCGGCACGACCUGCCGUUGCACCCUGCCGUGGUGAAGCCUCACCUGGGCCACGUCCCUGACUACCUGGUUCCCCCUGCUCUGCGCGGCCUCGUGCGUCCUCACAAGAAGCGAAGGAAGCUGGCCUCCAGGAAGGUCCAGAAGGCCAAGACCCAGAAUCCCCUGCGCAGCUUCAGACAUCGGAAAGAGAGACGCAGACCCACAGCCGUGCCUUCCUGAGGUCUCUGCAGCCUCGCCAUCUCCCGGGGCCCCUUCCAGGUCUGCGCACCGACCUUCCCCGCUGGCUGGACUGGAUUCUGGGGAGGCCCAGCCAGCCUGGCCCUGUGCUUCGUGACAACAGACUGCAGCCAUCCUGACUCGGGUUUUCUGCAAGCAGGAAGGGAUGCUCAUCCCUGGCAACCUUGGGAAUUAAAUUGCUUCCAGGAG